AAUACACACAUACUAUAAAGUAUUGCACGGCAUUAAUGUAUCUGUAGGUGUAAAUAUCUUUAAUAAAACGCAAAUAUUAAGCAAUAACGAUGGGGAGUGUACAGAGUUGUGUUAUGGGGUCGCUGUGCUUUUGCGCCGUAUAUUUACUGUAUGGUCAUAUUUACUGUUCCUAUCGUUUGUUAAAAACAAAUGUGCUCAGUAGUGACAGACUUCCGAGUUUCGCCUAUCUUUUCAUUAAAUAUUUAACCAAAGCCCUGUGUCGGACACCAGGAACCAUUUACAACACAAGUAAGACUGAAGUUAUUUACACGGUGCUAAACUGCAGGCUGGACCAUCACCUGCUGAGGAGCUUCUGCAGAGCUGCUGGAUAUGGUUGGGAUUAUCCGGACAGUGAAUACAGAGACACCCCUCUGUGUUUCCCAGAGAGCCUGUUUCUCAGGCCUAUGUUAAUGCUCCUGACUGAUGGAAACUUCAGGUUAAGUCCAGCAGGUCUAGUUCGAGUGCGUCAGACCUUAAAAACCCUGCAGCCAGUUGAUGAGUUGACGAAGGGCCUGUUCACGCUGCAGGUCAGAAUCCUGAACUACCGUCACGUUGAUGCAGGCGUGGAGGUGGACAUCUGUCUGUCCGCCUCUUCUCGAUGCAGCAGCUUAGUGUGGGAGAGUGUCCUGACGCUGAUGUCCAAAAACAAGCUCAAAGCCAGCAGGUGUUCCCCCGUCUAUGAACAUAAAAAUGAAGCAGAUGAAACAGAUGAUGUGAAGCAAGUAGAGCUCAGAGUUCCCAGAGUUACCUGCAUGCAGAACGCCUUGUCCUCUUCUGAAUACUCUCCCUUUCAGCUCUUCUCCCUCCCGGCCAGACUCUUUGGCUACAGGUCGAAGAUGCCACCAACUCUCUGGAUGUUGUCAGUCUGCUUUGCUGAAAUAGAGAAACACAAAGGGGUUAAAGUCAUCACAGCUCCAGUCAGUGUCACCGCCCAGUUUACGGAGCCUGUGUUGGCGUCAGGCAAAGUGGACAUCAGGUUUUGGGACAGAACUGAACCGGGGAAUCCAUCCUCUGCUCAAGGCCUCAGCUUCCGCAUGCAGCAACAUGGAGGCAACAAAAGGCAUGUGGUCGGGCUGAUUUCAAAGCCUUAUAAGAUUUGAGGCUAUACUGCUGAGAAAAAUGUGGAAUGUUUCUCUUUUGCACUGGGUGGUGUAUUGUAUAGUUAAUUGUGACCCCACUUUCAAUUCAAUGAAAUCUUAUUUGCAGAGCCGAAUAUCACAAGGUCUCUUCACAUGGCUUUACAGAAUUUGUUGAAUUGAUAAAAAAAACGCAAUGAAAAUAAGCAAACAGUCAAAUAAUUACUUUUAUUAAAUCAUUAGUCUUAGCUGCUUAUUAAAAUGUUGUAAAUCUUUAUUUCUAAUAUAGAAUCUAAUCUAUUUUCAUAAGAUUAUGUGUUAAUGCCUUGGCCACUCGUUAGAAGUGCAGAUACAUGUCACUGCCAGUGGCUAUGUUAGAAAAAUAAUAAUGAAUGACGUUUUUACUUCAGUUUUUUUUACCGUUAUCUUCAUUCUCAAGAUAAAAUUGGGGUCUGUGCAUCAAAUUUGGCCUUUGGCAAUGGCGUCAACGUGAUUACCCUGCCCAAGCCUCCAGAUCUUCUUCAUUUUUGGUAUUUAGGUGCAACUUGGUAAGCUCUUUGCUAAAUUUUUUUGGAUGUCAACCUUGAUCUUCAUUUUCUAAGUUAAAUUGGGGUUUAAGCAUUAAAUUUGGAUGGCAACAUUAACCUAAGUUUUUCAGAUGUUUCAGGGUCAAUGCAUGAUCAUUGGGGGGGAGAGAAGGCACUAGCACAGAUGAGGAGACGGGAUAGUGAUACUGGUAAGGGGUCAACAGGGGUAUAGGUGCAGGGCAGGCCUCAUUGUCAAAAGCGGCGACUGAAGGGUCAUUAAAAGAUGUGUCCAAAGUGCAUUUCUUUUAUGAAAUGUUCAUCGUUAACAAGAUGUCACAAAUUUGGCACAAAUGCUCAAUUUGACUUAUGGAUGAACUAAAAUGACUUUGGUAGCCAAAGGUCAAGGUCCAUUGUUAUGAAUGUGAUGUUUGAGGAACAUCUUGGGGGGGAUUUCUUUUUCCCUAAAUAGACAUAAAUGCUUACGUGGAAACGAGAAUGAAAUAAUUAGAUCUUGGCGGCCAAAGGUUAAAGGCCAAAGUCCAGGUCAAAACACAUUUCUGGACAUAAAUAUUAGAAACUGAUGGAACAGUCUGAAAAUUAUGACCCAUGGAUAGAGGAUGCAUCUGUUUGAGGAAAAGGUUCUUGUUUAAAAAUGACAACGAUGAGGUUUUUUUUUCUAACUGCCUGAAAUUAUUAAUCUAAAUAAAAGGAAACAAUUUGAUAUUUGAUUUUGAACAAGAGUAACUAACUCAAGGUAACUUAACUAAAAACUAAUAAAUUCAAAGUCAGACAGGAUAAGCAGAAUAUUAAAGUGCUAAGAAAAAAUUUGAGUGUGUUGCAAACUUGCAAAAUGGUCAAUUCAACAGGAAAACAGGAUAUUCAAGCCUACUCUAGU